AUGCUGAAGCCGGGUGGUGCGGAGGACGCCGCGCAGCCACCCCCUCGGCGCGCCAGCGCCCCCGUCCCCGUGCCCGCUCCCAGACUCGCGGUCCCCGACGGCUCUCGGGCUUCGGCCCGCCUAAGUCUUGCCUGCUUGCUGCUGCUGCUGCUGCUGGCGCUGCCGGCCCGCGUAGACACGUCCUGGUGGUACAUCGGGGCACUGGGGGCCCGAGUGAUCUGUGACAAUAUCCCCGGUUUGGUGAGCCGGCAGCGGCAGCUGUGUCAGCGAUACCCAGACAUCAUGCGCUCGGUGGGCGAGGGUGCCCGAGAAUGGAUCCGAGAGUGUCAGCACCAGUUCCGCCACCACCGCUGGAACUGCACCACCCUGGACCGGGACCACACUGUCUUUGGCCGUGUCAUGCUCAGAAGUAGCCGGGAGGCAGCAUUUGUGUAUGCCAUCUCGUCAGCAGGGGUGGUCCACGCUAUCACCCGCGCCUGUAGCCAAGGUGAACUGAGUGUGUGCAGUUGUGACCCCUACACCCGUGGCCGACACCAUGACCAACGUGGGGACUUUGACUGGGGUGGCUGCAGUGACAACAUCCACUAUGGCGUUCGCUUCGCCAAGGCCUUCGUGGAUGCCAAGGAGAAGAGGCUCAAGGAUGCCCGGGCCCUCAUGAACUUGCAUAACAACCGCUGUGGUCGCACGGCUGUGCGGCGGUUUCUGAAGCUGGAGUGUAAGUGCCAUGGCGUGAGUGGCUCCUGUACUCUGCGCACCUGCUGGCGUGCACUCUCAGACUUCCGCCGCACCGGUGAUUACCUGCGGCGACGCUAUGAUGGGGCUGUGCAGGUGACGGCCACCCAGGAUGGCGCCAACUUCACCGCAGCCCGCCAAGGCUAUCGCCGCGCCACCCGGACUGACCUUGUCUACUUUGACAACUCCCCAGACUACUGUGUCUUGGACAAGGCUGCAGGUUCCCUAGGCACUGCAGGCCGUGUCUGCAGCAAGACAUCUAAAGGGACAGAUGGCUGUGAAAUCAUGUGCUGUGGCCGAGGGUAUGACACAACUCGAGUCACUCGUGUCACCCAGUGUGAGUGCAAAUUCCACUGGUGCUGUGCCGUUCGGUGCAAGGAGUGCAGAAACACUGUGGACGUCCACACCUGCAAGGCCCCCAAGAAGGCAGAGUGGCUGGACCAGACCUGAGCAUAUCAAUACCUCACCCACCCUCCACUUCGAACCUCCUGACUCAAAAGCACAAGAUCUUUGCAUGCACACCUUCCUCCACCCUCAACCCUGGGCUGCUACAGCUUCUAUUUAAGGACUUGGAGAGUGAUCCAGAGGGACUCUGGUGUCCUGGCUGGUUCCUUAGCCCUGGGAAGGAGUUGACAGGGGAUGUAAAAACUGAGCAGCUCCCUGACUCCUGCUCUGGAGGUUAGAAGGGAGAGUGGAAGAGGUGUGUAGGGUCCUCAGAGUGAUAUGAGUUGCACUAAAGCACGCAGUCGAGGCUCACGUCUCCUUUCCCUUGCACUGUCUUCCUGACACUUCCGUGUGUGCAAGCGGAAAGGUGCCUGGAGAGAGCUUCCUUUUGUUCCUACCUGGUGAGGGUAGAUAGGACAGACAUGAAACCACAUAUCUCUCCCCUGGGUCAGUUUGAGCAGACUGCCUGGUACUAGGCAAAAAACUCUUAGGCUUCAACAUUCUUUCAUCAUUGAGAGUGAGCUGAGAGGUAGCCACAGUGCACAAGGUUCCAUCCAUAUGCUCAUGUGUUUCUAAACUGCUGUGUUUUGUAAGAGAAGAAAUUAUCUAAUUAUACAAAUGCUCUCUCUCCUCACCUCUGUCUCCUUCCAUCCUAUACUGGACAGCACCACACUCUGUGCUCACUUGCUGCCUGUCCAAAUUGAGCAGCAUGCAGUGGUACCCAUGCCUAACAGGUCAUCAGAAUACCCUGAAACAUCCUGAGAAAGAGUAAUUUAGUAA